AUGGCUGAGGAAUCCAAGGAAGCCAACUCUCCCUCCGAGAAAUACGAGACCCCCACCGAGGGCGAGUCUCUCCUGUCGAAUCCUAACUCCGAUGCACAGGGCCAACUGGCCGCCGCAGUCGACGACCUCCUUGACCAGCUCCAGUCUAAAUUCGACAAUGUCUCCAAGGAAAUGUUUGGAAAGCGUACGUCUCUCUCCCGGCCUCACUGCAAGACAAAACGCACCCCGCUGACGACGCUCAAUCCAGUGGACGAUAUGACCCGCCGCCUCGACGAGCUGGAGGCCUCCUUGACCGCGAACGCCCAUGACUCGGCCUCAGCCACCCCGACGAAAUGA